UUGUCAAUGUCAAACAAACGUUUUAAUUUCGCUUUUGUUUUUUUGGCUUCUAAGUCUUCUCUUAAUUUAAUAUACUCAUCCAAUCUGGUUUCAAACUAAUAUGGAAGUGCAGCGUAUACUGUUGAAUUCAAAUUUUUCAAUGUUGCAUGGAAAAAUAGAUGUUCGUCUGUUAGAAUCAAUUAAGGCAAUGAAUUUAGAUAAACCAACACAAAUCCAAGCUGAAACUUUGCCUUAUUUGUUAAUGGGAAAAGAUAUUAUAGGGUCUGCAAAAACUGGCAGUGGGAAAACACUUGCAUUCCUUAUACCAGUCAUAGAAAAUCUUUUAAAACUUGGUUUCACCAGAAAGCAUGGUACAGGAUGUAUAAUUUUAUCACCAACCAGAGAGUUAGCACUACAAACUUUCCAAGUUUUAAAGAGACUCCUUUCUCAUAUUGAUUUAUCAUGUUCCCUUAUUGUUGGUGGAGAAAAAAAAGCAAAGGAUCUAAUAUUGUUAAAAAAAGGUAUCAAUAUAAUAGUGAGUACUCCAGGUCGAUUAUUGGAUCACCUACAAAAUACUGAAAAUUUUACAUGCAAUAAUCUUAAGUGCCUUGUUCUUGAUGAAGCUGACAAAUUACUUGAAACUGGCUUCGAAAAAUAUAUAACUCAAAUACUAAGUUUCUUACCAAAAAAACGGCAGACUGUAUUAUUUAGUGCAACUAUUGAUAAAAAAGUAAACAAUCUAGCAAAGAUGGCAUUGAGUGAACCCGUAAUGAUCUCUAUUACAGAUGAUAAACAGUCUACAGUUACUUCUCUUCAGCAAGGAUACUGCAUAUCUCCUGUGGAGAAACGGAUAACAUGGCUGUAUAAAAUGCUAAAGAAAAUUAAAAAGAUGAAAACAAUGGUGUUUUUUUCAUCUUGCAAAUCUGUUGAUUUUCACUAUGACUUUUUUAGGAUUCAUUGUAAGGCCUCUGUAUUGAGUAUACAUGGUAGACAAAGUCAGUCAAGAAGAAAAGAAACAUAUAAUCACUUUGUUGAAGCUGAAAGUGGAGUCUUAUUUUGUACAGACGUUGCAGCGAGAGGUUUGGAUAUACCCAGUGUGGACUGGAUUAUUCAAUAUGAUCCUCCCACAGAUCCAAAAGAAUAUAUACAUAGAGUGGGUAGGACUGCAAGAGGAUUAAAUGCAAGGGGAAAUGCUGUUAUACUUUUGAGACCUGAAGAAGAGCACUUUGUUGAAUAUCUCAAAAGAGAAAAAGUAUAUUUAGACAAAUACAAUUUUGGUGAUCCGCCUGAACAAAUACAAAAUAUGUUAGAAGAUUUGAUAUCAAAUAACGGUGUUCUGAAGACAUUGGCACGCAAAGCGUAUUUGUCAUAUCUAAGAUGUUACAAAAAGCAUCCUAUGAAGAAAAUGUUCAACGUCAAAUCGUUAGAUUUGAAAUUAGCAGCCAAGGCGUUUGGGUUUCUGGAGCAACCUCAUGUUGAUUUUUGUAUCCUUUUUCUAAAUGCUACUGUAUAAUACAAACCAUACAAUUAUUUCAUUACC